AUGAAGUGCCAGCUCGAGAAACCCGCCGACUUUUCAUUCAUGAACUUCAAAAAGUUAAAAGGCACUAAACCCGAUACAGUUCAUACCACGAGGAUCGGUACACCUGCCACUGGGGAAUCGCACAAGUUCUUGACGAGAGCCGUCUGGUUGAAUAACAAUCGUCUCACCGACAUCAAGUACGUCGACAUCUUCAUCGAAUCCAUCCUGGAGUUCCCAACGGCACUCGCCUGGCUCGAUCUAUCUUUCAAUAACAUCGAAGAAAUCGAUCUGAGUUUAUUGAAGUUUACGAAUUUGCGUAUAUUGUAUCUGCACGGUAACAAUAUAAGCGAUGUGAAGGAACUGCUGAAGUUGAAGGCUCUGAAGCUGCUGAAAACGCUGACCGUCCACGGGAAUCCGGUUUACAGCAAGAAGAACUAUCGUCAGUAUCUGAUCACGAUGAUGCCGCAGAUAGUGAAUCUGGAUUUCACGAGGAUCACGGAUAUCGAAAGGAAUUCGGCGACGGCUCUUCAACGUGUCAUCGAAUAA